AUGUAGCGGAGGAACCGGCGGCAGCGGCAGCAGCGGAGGAACUGGCGGCAGAGGCAGUGGCGCCCUUGACGGCAGUGGCAGCGGCGGAAGCGGCGCCAGUGGUAAUGGCAGCAGCGGCAGCAGCGGAGGAGCUGGCAGCACCAGCGUAAGUGGCACCAGCGGCACCGGCACCAGUGGCAGCACCAGUGGAAGCAGCACCAGCGGUAGCGGCAGGAGCGGGGGAAGUGGCGGCAGCGGAGCCAGCGGCAGCGGAGCUGGCGGCAGUGGUGCCAGCAGCAGCAGCGUGAGCAGCGGCAGUGGCAGCAAUGGGGCAACCGGCAGUGGCAGGAGCGACACCCUGCGAUACCGCCCCAUCACCCAGCAGCCCAGCAGAGUCCAAGCUGACCAGAGAAGUGGCUCCCCCAAGAGGCCCAAAACCCGAG